AUAUAUAUAGAACUUCCUUACGCUGUACUCUCUCUACCUGCUGCUGAAAUCAACGUCAGAAAGUAGAGAUUCAGCCGUUUCGAGUCUCCUUCUCAGAAGACGGACGGAUUUCGAUCGCAGAACGAAAGCUCAAACGCUCUUUCCUCUGAAAACACGCGCAAUCCGAUCUCGGAACUCGAGAGUUUGCUUUAUUUUCAUGAAAAUACUUGGAAUUAGGGCUUUUGAGUUAUAAAAAUCCACUGGAUCAGGCGUCGGGAUCGAAGACUCGGCUUGCUUUCGUGGAAUUAGAGUUUUGAAUGAGGGUUUCGUUCUCCUUUGCUUCAAAUACUUCGCGAUUGGUUAUUUUUCUUGCCAGAGAUGUUUAAUUAGGGCUCUUAGAAGGGCGUUGGGACGGAGAUUCCUGAAAUAGCGUUUCUAUCUGAAUCUGCAUCUGUGCUUCAAAAUCUGUGUAUCAGUUGAUGGAAAUUGGCCUAUGAGUUUAGUCCGCUGAAGGGAUGAACGCGAGCCGUCCGACGGUUCAUCCAGUAGAAGCUCCUCCUUUGAUCACCGAAGCAGCCAACAAUGUGCCAAGAGUGAGGAUGAAGGACAUCCAAGGCAUGCCUGGUACCGCCGGAGGCCUCGCCUUACGGUUCUGUCAGUUUGUGUUUGCAGUUUUAUCUCUCUGUGUCAUGGCUACCACCAGUGAUUUCACCUCCGUCACUGCCUUCUGUUACCUUGUAGCAGCAGUUGGCUUGCAAAGCUUGUGGAGUCUAUCACUAGCCAUGGUUGAUAUCUACGCCCUUCUUGUGAAGCGCUGCUUGCGGAAUCCCCGAGUAGUCAGCUUCUUUGCCAUUGGUGAUGGGAUCACUUCCACCCUUACAUUUGCAGCCGCUUGUUCAUCCGCGGGUAUCACAGUCCUCAUGGGUAAUGAUCUUGGAAUCUGCGGGCAGAACCACUGCACAGAAUUUGAGACGGCAACAGCCAUGGCCUUUAUCAGCUGGUUCACCGUUUCCCUAUCUUUUCUCUUGAACUUCUGGUCGUUGGCGUCCCGAUAAAAAACAAGAUAAAAAGCCUUCUUAGUGCCUUGGUGUGGUCUCCUCUUUUUUUUUUCUUUUUUUUCUUUUUUUUUUUGGGUCUUGAUUGAGUUAUGAUUGCUUCAAAUUGUAUAUUUCAUAACUUGGGUUGAGAACUUCCAUAACUGAAAGCAUGUCAGCACCGCGUGAAGCUAUUCGGCAGUUAUGACAUAUUGGUUUUCAAGAACUUGAAUUUUCUUUGCAUGAGUCCAUAGAAAACCAUGCAGUUAACUUAAGAUUUAAGGAGGGUGAUGCCCACAGUUAUACCAAUUUAGCUGAACUUGCAGCCAUUGAAUGAGCAGAAGAAGAAAGCAAGUUCUGGUUUCCUCGGCAUUCCCCAGUCUCCAGACACUCACAUGAUGCUUGCAAGUCUGUUCGUAUAGGAAUUCCGAGACAGCCAUGGACAGGUGGGGCAAUGUAUCAGUUCUGGUCAAUCGGAGGUUCUAUGAAUUGAAGAGCUGGGUAGAAAGAUGCAAGUGACGCAAGUAUUCUGGGGGGUAAAAAAAAGAAAGUAAAACAAUGCAAUGAGGGAUUAGUGUUGAUUAUAAAAUUAAAAGAAAUAUAAGGUUGUCUUGGUCUUUGAGGUUGAAAUUUCAGAGUUGGUUGCAUGUCU